CUACAUAGUGCUCUGCAUACGGGUUUUCUAUUCGGGUCGGUUCAGUUUAUUUGGUUUUCUAGUUAUUUCGAUUGAGAUGUUUAAGAACCGUUUAGGAACCAAACAUUUUUCGGAUCGGUUCAGUUCGGAUAGUGUCGGAGUUCGGGUCUAGUUUUUUUUUUAUAUAAAAUCCGAAAUGGAACCGUACUACAAAUAAUUCGGGUUUGGUUCGUAAUUAAAACCCAAAAAAUCAAAAAAAAUCUCGAAAAUCCGAGUUAAACCCGGAAAACCCCAAAAAAUAUUCGGGUUGUUCAGAUUUUUUUUUUAGAUAUUGUUAUGAGAAAUUCUCUAAGAUAGCCAUUUUUAAGUUUUUGUCACCGAAAUUAAAAAUAAUUAAUAUUUUUAAUAUAUUCAAAAUAUUCGGAUAUCUGUUCGGUUCCCGUUUCGUGGUUCGGUUUCGGUUUUUUGGAUUUAAAAAUAUAUGAACCGUUCGAAUUUUUGUAAUUUUCGGGUAUCGGUCUCGGUUCAGUUUUUGGGUUUCGUACAAUAUGGACUACUACAGUACUACUACAUCUACAUAUAUAGUUCGUCUUCAAUUGGGGGCACGAUCAUAACAGAAAAGUUGGCAAACAUGUUUAAUUUGGUUUCAGUCGCUUUAGUCCUCUUAUUAAUUGCUGCAGCGUCUUAUCUUUUCCGAUCAAAGAAGAACUUACCACCAACUCCGGUGGGUUUCCCGGUGAUCGGACAUCUCCAUCUCCUCAAAGAACCUGUUCACCGUUGCCUCCGUGACCUUUCUCAAAACCUCGGUCCCGUGUUCUCACUCAAGCUCGGCUCUUGUCGUGCCGUGGUCGUCACGUCAGCUUCCGCCGCUGAGGAGUUCUUAACUCACCAGAACGAUAUCGUUUUCGCCAACAGGCCUAUCAGUACUUUGGGUGUAUACGUUGGUUACAACAACACGGUGGUUACCGCAGCUCCUUACGGCGAGCACUGGCGUAACCUCCGCCGUAUCUGCACCCUCGAGAUCUUCUCCGCCGCUCGUCUCAAGGAGUCGUUCGAGAUAAGGAGAGACGAAGUGAGAGCUCUGCUUCGGACGAUCCACACGGAGACAACGUUAGGUGGAGAUAGCUUUGUCCGGUUGGAGCUACGACCGUUGCUUUCUGGGCUUACGUUUAACAUCGUUAUGAGAAUGGUCGCGGGAAAACGAUACUACGGUGAGGCGAACGAGGAAGCUGAGGAAGUGCGGGAGCUGAUUAGCGAAGCGUUCGAGGUCGGAGGGUUUACUUACGUCGGUGACUUUCUUCCGAUUCUGAAGCUGCUUGACUUCGAUGGUUACGUUAAGAGAGGGAAGAGACUCGGCUCGAAGCUGGACGUGUUUCUUCAGAAACUAGUUGACGAGCACAGACAAAACAGAGGAAAAACCGAGUUCAAGAACACGAUGAUCACUCACUUGCUAACACUUCAAGAAUCGCAACACGAGUAUUACACGGACGAGAUCAUCAAAGGACUCGUACUGGUGAUGUUAGUUGCAGGGACUGACACAACGGCGGUGACAUUGGAGUGGGCCAUGGCUAACCUUCUAAACCAUCCAGAGGCUUUAAUGAAAACAAAGACGGAGCUAAACGCCGUCGUAUCAAGAGAAGGCCGUUUGAUGGAGGAAUCAGAUAUGGGCGCAUGUACAUAUCUCAAUAACGUGAUCUCAGAGACACUUCGUCUUUAUCCCGCAGCGCCAUUACUGGUCCCGCACGCAUCGUCAGAUGACUGCAAAGUUGCAGGGUAUGACAUUCCACGUGGAACAUGGUUAUUCGUUAACGCGUGGGCUAUUCAGAGGGACCCAAAAGUAUGGGACGAGCCAGAAACUUUUAAGCCGGAAAGGUUUGGUAAUGAAGAAUCGAAAACGCAGCAUUGGAAGUUUAUACCUUUUGGAAUGGGUAGAAGAGCGUGUCCUGGUAUGGGCCUAGCUCAUCUUGUAUUGGGAUUGACAUUAGGGUCAUUGAUCCAGUGUUUUGAUUGGGCGAGGGAUGCAGACGUGGCAGUUGACAUGUCAGAAGGAAGGGGUCUUACAAUGCCUAAAGCGGUGCGUUUAGUCGCCAAAUGCAAGUCUUCUCCAAUCUUAGACCAAGUUGCUUUUUAAUAACAAGUGAAAAGCCCAAAUACAUGAACCAAUGAUAGAAAAAUUGUAAUGUUUUUCAAGAUAAUUGUUAUUUUCAUCUAAUAAAGGGUCCCUAUUGGGCUA